UUGACCAAAAUCCAAUCUCCACCCAUGGCGUGGCUCCAGAACACCGUCCUGGACGAGGGCACCGACCUCGCUGCCACCGUGCGCGCCCAGACCUCCCAGCGCCGCCAGGGCCUGUCCCUCCUCUGCCAGAAAUCUAGGCUCCCGCCGCCCCACUCCAUGGCGCCCCUCCCCGCGCGUGCCCAGCCUCCGAACGCCGCCACGGCCUGGGCCUCCUUCGCCCGGAAACCAUGGAAGCAUCUACGACUAUGGUAUGUCCAGGACAAGAAGGUCAGGGACCUUGUGAACCUCCUCGGUGUGGCAACUGGCAAGCCUCCUAAUGCCGCACAGUCCAAGGACGGAGAAGAGAUAGAGGAGAUAAACAAUUUGAUAGGCAAGUACCAACUGAAAGGAAAGAUUGGCUGGAUCAAGGCACCGACCGAUGGUGUUUGCAAUGAUGAGAUCUACUGUUAUAUAACAGAUACAAAGGGUGAAUUUGUUCAGCAUUAUAUUCGGCUAGCAGUCAUUGAGGCGAUAAACUUCCGGCUGCCAGCCAACGUCCAUGACAAAUCAAGGAGAGCCAGCAGAGAUCUCAGGUUCCCACAUAAUUAAACCCAACGAACAACAGUCGGCUGGGAGGCAUUCACGAAGAUUGCAAACUUUUUUCAGGCGUGCAAGGAAGGCCCAAGCUACUGGAACAAGGUAUCCACUGAUGGAUUUCAGUGCAUCUACCAAUGGUAGUCACUGAUUCUUAUCCUGCCUAUGGGUAUGCACAAAUCUUCCUGUAGUAAGACAAAAUUAACCAUGUGCUAUAUACAUGAUGGAAGCUACACAUUGAAGAUCUAUGCACCUGUAGUGCUCAACAUGAGAUCAAUGUAUGGCUUCUGGAGAACUCUGACGUCUGACCAAGGUAAGUUUCUGCUUCGCAUGCCUAUAAUAACUACACACGAGUUGUACAGGAUCCACACAGCUCUAUUAGAAAGGUCCAACAUGGCUCCAUUCCUUGUAUCAUACUAUUCUAAUCUAAAUGGAUCAGUAUCAUUUCUAAUAGCUAAUUUGUACUAGAUGGUAAGACAAAGAAACAAACUGUGUCUUUUAAUUCAAAAAGACUAAGUGUGUUUCUCGGGGAAAUGAAAAGCAAGGUACUGUCUAUUCCAAUCUGAGAAGCGCAGGAAGAAACUUAUAGUUAUUCCAAGGUACGUUUGGUUACUAAGUACUAACUCUUAAUUUUAUUUUGAAGUUCUAUAAAUGAAGGUUUUAAUCGUGCAUUACAUGAGAAAACUCCUCCAUGUCUUCAAUAAUUAGGUCUGAGUUAGACAAGGUUAAUGGUGCCAUGUUUUAAAAUGUUCCAGUACCUAUUACAUGAUAAAAGCUUUUUUUUUGCGAGAACUACAAAAUACAAGCUGGAUGGCUGAUCUAUUUAAAUUCACUGUUGCGGUGAAUUGAAGACAUCUAGAAAGAGAAAUAAAACUAGGAAGAGCUUAUGACUCCCGUGAUAAAAGCUAAAAGAG